AUGGGGUCGUUGACGCGUUCGGAGGAAAUGCGAUUCUGUCAACUUAUUGUUGAAAAAGAUGCCGCUUUCAAUAUUGUUGCUGAAAUUGGAAAACAACCUUAUGUUCAAUUUAAGGAUGUGAGUUGGAAUUUUGAAACCGUAAAGUUUCUACGGUGCAGCACAAACUUCUGGAAUCGGACUUAGUCAGAAAUUUUUUGGAAAUACUGAAUGUUGACCACGAAUUAGUAAAAAGUUGAUCCAAGAAUUGGCAAAUGCGCUCCAUUGAGAAUUUGCGCGGUUUUUAAAGGAAUUCAAAUUUUCAAACAGGCCCAAAUCUAGUUUCUAAGCCAUUUUUUUAGCUUUUAGAUUAUUACUAGAUUUUGAAUUAUAUUCAACUCAAAAUAGGUCACUUUUUUACUAAACCAUUCCAAGAAAAAUUGUUUUCUGAUUGAUUCCGAAGGCAUGUUCUUCUUCAAAGGCAAAAUUCCAAAAGGCUAAUAUAUCUCGUAAAAAUCGUUCCAGCUGAACCCAAAUGUGAACAGUUUCCAAAGAACAUUUGUGAAAGAUAUCCGUCGAUUUGAUGAAAUGGAAAGAAAAUUGAGAUUUUUGGAAGGACAAAUUCAAAAAGAUGAGAUAAAUAUUCCUGGAAAAAUUGAAGCAUCUGGAGAAUAUAAUAUUCUUCCAACUUCUGAACUCAAUCAAUUGGAAUCGACUUUGGUUGAUUUGGAAAAGGAUGUGAUUAAUAUGAACGGUUCGGAUUCUCAACUCAAAUCGAAUUACAAUGAUUUACUUGAAUGGGAUGCGGUUCUUGAUAAAACUGAUGAAUUUUUCCAAGGCGGAGUUGAUGAUCAAGCACAAGAAGAAUUGGAAAAUAUCGAAGAUGAUGCUGGAGAAUUAGUGCCACGUGGAACAAACAAAGGACCAGUUAAUUAUAUUGUUGGAAUUAUUCAACGUGAAAGAUUGAGUGGAUUUGAGCGAGUUUUAUGGCGUGCUUGUCAUCAUACAGCAUAUGUUCGAUCAAGUGAUAUUGAACAACCAUUAGAAGAUGCAAAUGGGGAAAAAGUUCAUAAAAGUGUUUUUAUUGUUUUCUUGAAAGGAGAUCGAAUGAGAAGUAUUGUUGAGAAAGUUAGCGAUGGUUUCAAAGCAAAACUUUUCAAGAAUUGCCCAAAAACUUUCAAAGAAAGACAAUCGGCAAGAAAUGAUGUUCGAGCAAGAAUUCAAGAUUUGCAAACUGUUUUGGGGCAAACAAGAGAACAUCGAUUCCGUGUUCUUCAAGCGGCUGCAAAUAAUCAAAAUCAAUGGAUUAAACAAGUUCGAAUGAUCAAAUCUGUCUAUCAUAUGUUAAACUUAUUCACUUUUGAUGGAAUUGGAAGAUUCUUUGUUGGUGAAUGUUGGAUUCCAUUGAAACAUGUUGAAGCUGUUAGACAAGCGAUUGAAAUUGGAGCUGAGAAAAGUGGAUCAUCUGUAAAGCCAGUGUUGAAUAUUUUGGAAACAUCAGUUACUCCACCAACUUAUAAUGAAACCAAUAAAUUCACCGCUGUUUUUCAAGGAAUUGUUGAUUCUUACGGUAUCGCAACAUACCGUGAAUUGAACCCAGCACCGUAUACAAUUAUAUCCUUCCCAUUCUUGUUCUCAUGCAUGUUUGGAGAUUUAGGACAUGGUGUUAUUAUGUUCAUGGCUGGUCUUUGGUUUGUUCUUCGCGAGAAGAAUUUGAUUGCCAGAAAUAUUAAAGAUGAGGUUUGUUUUGAACGAGAAAACGCAGAAGCUGAUGUUUUUUUUCUAGAUUUUCACAAUGUUCUUCGGAGGUCGCUAUAUUAUUUUGUUGAUGGGUUUGUUCUCGAUUUAUGCUGGAUUCAUCUACAAUGAUUUGUUCGCCAAAUCUUUCAAUAUUUUCGGAACAUCGUGGAGAAAUCCAUACAAGUAAGAUUGGGUUUUUCUGAAAAUUCGGAAAAUCUUGAAACUCCAAAUUAUCUUUUUCUGAAAAUUCUCAAACCUCAUUUUUUUCAGUAUGUCUGAAAUCGAAGGUUGGAUCUCAGGAACUGCUGAAGGCAAAGAAAUGUUGGUUGAAUUGGCGCCAGAAAAAUCAUAUCAACAUUCAAUGGGACCAUAUCCUUAUGGAGUUGAUCCAAUUUGGAAUAUCGCUGAAAACAAAUUGAACUUCCUCAAUUCAAUGAAAAUGAAAUUGUCCGUUAUUCUUGGAAUCACUCAAAUGACAUUCGGAGUUAUUCUUUCAUUCUUCAAUUUCCGUCAUAAUCAUUCGAAAAUUGAUAUUUUCACCGUUUUCAUUCCUCAAAUGUUGUUCAUGUUUUCGAUUUUCGUCUAUUUGUGUGUUCAAAUCAUUCUCAAAUGGUUGUUCUUCUGGACUGUUGAGGAAACAAUUUUCGGACAAGUUUAUCCAGGUUCUCAUUGUGCACCAUCACUUCUUAUUGGAUUGAUUAAUAUGUUUAUGAUGAAGGAUAGAUCUCCUGGAUUUGUUGUUGGAGUAAGUUCUUGAAAGAAAUAGCUUCGAUUUUUUUGAUUCCUGGGUCGGAAUUCAUAGAAGUGGUACAGGAAACUGAGAUUUUCUAGAUCAGGAAAACUUGUGUGUAAGCUCUUGAUUUCUAAGUCUUUCUCUGGUAGAGAUUCAACCUUUGAGAUCGUUUCAGAUCUUUAAAAAAUUCUGGAAAUUGUAGUAAAAUCCUCCCGAGCUCUGAAAAAUUGAAAUCCCAAAAAGUUCUAGAAGAAAACUAACUCAAAAAUAAUUACAGACCGAAAAAGAAAAUGGAGUUUGGAAAGAGGUUGAUGGUUGCUAUUUGAGUCAAUGGUAUCCAGGACAAGGUUCAAUUGAAAUGGUUCUGGUCAUUAUUGCCGUUCUCUGCAUUCCAAUUAUGCUUUUCGGAAAACCAAUCGCCUUUAUUCUCGAGCAAAAAAAGAAGGCAAAAGAAUCGCAAGGAAAUGUUUCAGUUCGAGCGAAUGUUGUUUCAGACAAUAGUGAAAUUAUUAUCAAUGGUGGAUCAAAGAAAGAAGAACAUGUAAGAAUUUAUCUGCUCUCUCAAAAUCCAUAAACUUUUGUUUUCAGAAAGAAGAACAUGGUGGAGAUCAUCACGGUGAAUCAUUCGGUGAUGUGAUGGUUCAUCAAUCAAUUCAUACAAUCGAAUAUGUUCUUGGAUGUGUCUCUCACACUGCUUCGUACCUUCGUCUUUGGGCUCUUUCACUUGCUCACGCUCGUAUGUUUUUUUUUGUUACUGGAAAAUUGAAAACAACUUAUUUUUCAGAAUUGUCCGAAGUUCUUUGGCACAUGGUUUUCGUUACCGGUGGUUUGGGAGUUUCCGGAACUCUCGGUUUCAUCGCCGUUUUUGUUGUCUUCUUCAUUUUCUUCGUUCUCACCAUCUCAAUUUUGGUUCUUAUGGAAGGAUUGUCCGCUUUCCUCCACGCACUUCGUCUUCAUUGGGUUGAAUUCCAAUCGAAAUUCUAUCUCGGAUUGGGUUAUCCAUUUGUUCCAUUCUCAUUCAAAACUGCUCUUCAAGAUGUCGAAUAA